GGCGGAAGUGCGGGGCGCGGGGCCGGCGCCUGGUGGGUGCGGGCGGAAGUGCCCGGCGCAGGGCGGAAGCAGAGACUUUGGCGGCGUGAGGCUCAGGACUAUACAUCAGAGGAAGCCAAAAGCCAGCUGGAUUACUUCCUGAAUACAGUUUUAAUCUUGUUUGCAAUUAUUUCGAAGGGGAGAAAUCACGUGGAUCAGAAUUAAGAUGCUCUGGUUUCAAGGAAAUAGCAUGCAACUUGCCAGAUCCUCCUUUGGACUCUUCUUGAGAAAUUGCUGUGCCUCUAAGACAACUCCGCCUGUGUUGACCUUAUUCACAAAGGACUCAUGCCCCCUUUGUGAUGAAGCCAAGGAAGUACUCAAGCCUUAUAAAAACAGGUUCAUUUUACAGGAGGUGAACAUCACACUUCCAGAAAACUCUGUCUGGUAUGAAAGGUAUAAAUUUGAUGUUCCUGUCUUUCACUUGAAUGGCCAGUUUCUGAUGAUGCAUCGAGUAAACACCUCAAAACUUGAAAAACAGCUCCUGAAACUUGAGCAGCAAAGUACUGGAGGCUGACUGAUGCCCUCAUGAUUUUCCACCCUCUCUUCCCAUAAAGCAUCUUCCUAAGGAAAUGACCAUGGCCUGAUACUCAUUUUGUCACUUGUACAGAGCCCUAAGGAUGUUCUGAAUUCAGUGGUGCCAAAUAAAUGUUGACAUUCCCCUUUUGGUUGAUGGAAGUAUCAGUGUGGGAACUGUUUGCUUAAUGGCAUUUUAUAAAAUAAGAAGAGCAUAUUGGCAGGGAGGGAGAUGAUGGAGGGAGGGAGAAGUCCAUUUGUCUUAUUUAUCCUUUUUUGUAUUAAUAGAGAAGCACUUCACAUUCACUGGGCAAUGCCGUUUAUAGGAAGAAGGUUCUGCAUUCAUGCUGCUGCCCCGGAGGGCUUAACUUUUUAAUGAAAGAAUAAAUGCUCUUCCACUCAGUAGAUAAAGUGAAAUGUGAAUUGUUAAUAACUGUGCACGGUCAAUAAAGCGAUGUUUUAAGGAAUACA